UCCCACACACACACGCACACACCAUCCUCCUCUUGUUUCGGCUACCACCGCAUGUGUUGGGCUGGAUCUCACUGAUUUAUCGUCGGGCGCCUUUCCCGGAGGAAACCCUCCCCACGAAGGAGCGAAGAGGACCAGGAGGAAGUGUGGUGGAGGGAGGUGGGGGGCGGGAGAGAGCUCGCGAUCCGCUGCUGUGGUAGUGCUGGUGCUGUUGUUGUUGGUGGUGGUGUUGGAGGUGGUGGUGGCUGUUCGGUGCACAUGACGCGCAGGAGAAAAAAGUGCGUGGGCGGAUGAGGAAGUUGAGAGCUGGGAUUGAUGGUUCCACACCUUUUCACUGCGCUGGCACUUGAUCGCGGCAGCAACGCAGCAGCAGCAGCGGCAGCAGCAGCAGCAGUCCACCGGUUCCUGCGAUCAGAGGUGAUCCGCGCGUGGGAAAAUGACAAUCAAGUUUGUGGUCACCCUCCUCACACUUUUGUUCGCUGGAGGUGCUCGCUCUGAUUUACGGGAAUAUGGCGACGACGAUGAGGAUCAUCAGGACACCACUGUCAAUCAAAUGCUGGUGCCCAGGUCGCACCAGGAGGACGCAACGCUCAUUCUGAACAAUUUGCUCAAGGAGUACGACAAGACUCUACGCCCAGACAUCGGAGAGAAACCAACAGUAAUAGAUGUGGGCAUCUAUAUCAACAGCAUCGGCCCUGUGUCAUCCAUUGAUAUGGAGUACCAGAUCGAUAUUAUCUUCGCCCAGACUUGGGUGGACACCCGUCUGAGGUAUAACAGCAGCAGCAUGCGGAUUCUAACCCUCAACAGCAAUAUGGUCGGUCUGAUCUGGCUGCCCGACACCAUCUUUAGAAAUUCCAAGAACGCCGAUUCUCACUGGAUAACGACGCCCAAUCAGCUGCUCCGGAUCUGGAACAAUGGGAAAAUACUUUAUACUCUGAGGAUGACCAUCAACGCAGAGUGCCAGCUGCAGCUCCAUAAUUUCCCAAUGGAUGAACACUCCUGUCCUCUCGUCUUCUCUAGCUACGGCUACCCACGAGAUGAGAUUGUGUACAAAUGGAAGCGAAACUCAGUGGAGACAUCUGAUCAGAAAUACUGGAGGCUUUACCAGUUUGACUUCAUGGGGCUCAGAAACACUACGGAUGUCCUCACGACUACGGCUGGUGACUACGUGUUAAUGACCGUUUACUUCGACCUCAGCAGGAGGAUGGGCUACUUCACCAUCCAGACCUACAUCCCCUGCAUCCUGACUGUGGUUCUCUCCUGGGUCUCCUUCUGGAUCAAGAGUGAUGCCACGCCUGCAAGGACGGCUUUAGGAAUCACCACAGUGCUGACCAUGACCACGCUGAGCACAGUGGCCAGAAACUCUAUUCCUAGAGUGUCCUACGUAACCGCCAUGGACCUGUUUGUCACCGUCUGCUUCAUGUUUGUCUUCGCUGCCAUGAUUGAGUACGCCAUGCUCAACUACUACUCCUACAGUAUACGCAGACCUCCCCCAAAGAAGAGAAUGCCUUCUUCUUCUACUUCUACUUGUCACCUUUCUCCACCUCUUCCUCACUCUGUUGUUAGGACUCCUACUCCUGCACAUCUCCACAGUUUCCAUCUUGUCAUAAGUAGAAAAAAGGCCUACUCGUCUUUCAACAUGGGUCCCACCCCUCGGCCUAUGAUGCCCAUGGGCAACUCCUUGUUCUGGCAUGACUAUGAUGACAGUUGUCUGCACGAGUGCCUGGAUGGAAAGGACUGCAAGAGCUUCUUCUGCUGCUAUGAGGAGUGUAAAGAAGGCGGCUGGAGGAAAGGACGGAUCCACGUCAACAUCCGUGAGCUGGAUGCCUACUCCCGGGUUUUCUUCCCCACCUCGUUCUUGCUCUUUAACAUUGUGUACUGGGUCAGCUACCUCUACCUCUAGUCUGUCUCAAGCCGUGAUGUGUGGGCACUGCUGAAACAGCCCGCGGCACUUUGCACCACGGCUUGUGAUUUGAGGUCAGUGCUAAACGUAGGGGAAGAAAUGAGGUGGAUCUGCUGUGUGGGACUUGUGAGGGACAUGCUGCCUCUGGAGUGAUAUGACGUAUUCAAAAAUACACGUGUGCUCGGGUGCACAGUGUAAAGGCCAUGAUACUUUGAGCAGUGCCACUCCACCGUGAAUAAAUCGCUCAGCAGUAGAAUAACAAGCCGCCAGCAUUAACUUGAAUGGAUGAGUCCCACUUAUGACUCUCUCAGAAACCAAACAACAGACAGCUGUGACUUCAGAGACAUUUGGGAACAGGGGUUGCAGAGCUGACUCUUGGUCGUGGAGAUGGCGAAGCACCCAUAGUGCCUUCUUUAGAAAGGGUGCGGCACCGAGAGAAGCAGCUUCAGAGUUCCCUUCAUUAUCUUUAUUACCUCAUCCAUCACACCGCCGCAUGCUGAGCUGUUUAGUCUUUGAUGAAACAAACCCAGAACACAGUUCUCACCACUGGAGAUGUUUAAAAACCAACGCUCACCAUUCAUUUCGUAGCACAUUAGUUUUAGUUGUACCCUAGAAUUAGUUCCCUUUUUGAGAAUAGUUGUUUUCUUGUUCUUCUUCUUAUUGGAACUAGUUGUUCUUUCACAGCAGGUCACAUCAGCUGUUACUUGUUAAAUAUGGGUUCAAGCCAGGGGCAGUGGUUGUAUGGUAAAAUCUUAUUUAUUGAGUCAGUGACUGUUUUGUUGAACAUGACUAUUUUGUUUGAACAUGCCGUUUACAGUACAUGCCAAGAAGAUUUGGGAGUUUUUAAUGAAUGCUGGGCUAUAUUCGCACACAACAACUAUAUAAAAACUGCAUAAUGUCUGCAGACUGAUCUAAAACUACCUGGGCAUAUUUUGUAUGUUGCAGUAAACAGAUUGGGGUUGGAGUACUGCUGCUUUUUUCCAAGAACACAUCAGUUU